AUGGCUUCAUCCAAAUUAAACCAUGUCUAUUUGAACGGCAAAACCCUGGAAGGAGGUGGGCAGUUGGUUCGCAUUGCUAUCGGACUGUCUGCAUUGACUGGUCGUCCAGUUAGCAUUGAUCAUGUUCGCGGGAACAGAGAGGGGAAGAAGGGGCUUAAGCGAUCACAUGCUGCAGCAGUGCAGCUGUUGGCCGAGAUUAGCGGCAGCAAAGUAUCUGGAGGCGAGGUUGGCUCCCAGUCCUUGAACUUCUUUCCGCAAUCAACCAGAUCGAAAAGCGGUCCGCUCCUGGACUUGUCACAAGUCACUGUAAAGUCUGCAUACGAGAUCAAGCUCACGACUGCCGGUGCCAUUUUUCUCGUCUUCCAGGCCCUCUACCCGUAUCUGCUUCAUGUUGGAUCGCAGGCGGCUGCUCCCUUUGUGAAAGUGAACAUAACUGGUGGAACCAACGCUACUUAUUCUCCAUCAUAUGACUAUGCAGCGCAAGUUAUCGCGCCCAAUUUCGCCAAACUUGGACUUCCUCCCCUGUCCAUUAUCCUUCACAAGCGCGGCUGGACAACGGGGCCGGUUGAUCUUGGAGCAGUCACUUUUCUCAUACAUACACUCGGAUCUGGAAAUACUUCAGAUGGCCGAAAUCAAUCCAAGGAGUCAUCGGAAAAAGAACGGACAGCCAGGCCUCUGUGCAGCUUCCCACUGAUUAAUUUAAUGGAUCACAAACGCGGGAAAGUCACGCAAAUUGAUAUCACAGUGCUAGCACCUGAUCAACCCACCCUAAACGCCAACGCAGAAGACGACACGGGGAGUACUAUUCGGCAGUUUAUCGAACAAGUCACUCAACACACUCUCCGCCGGGAAACGAGAAAGCUGGAUCCGUCUAUAUUUGCUAAACGAUCUAAUUCGCCUCUACCUGAAGAGAACUCUCCCAGCAAAUCUUCAGCCAAAGAUGCACCAGUUCCCAUCGAAAUACACACAUCGGAAGCUACAAAUCACCGCAGUCACGUAUAUAUCCUUCUGGUGGCCCAUACCUCCUCAGGCUUCAGAAUAGGACACGAUAUUCUCGGCAGCAUGGGGGGCGAUCGCCAGCCCAAGUCAAAGAACAAAGGAAAGCGAAAACAACUGCCAAAUCAUGACCUUCGGCGUGAUUCUCAAAAUGAGAUAGCAUUUUCUGCGGCUGCAGAUCUAGUCCGCCGAUGUGUGGAAGGGUUCAUCGGGGAAAUCUCAAACGAGAACCCAAAUGCCAACCCAGAUCAGAAACUUGCCUCCACCAUUAAGACAGCUUGUCUAGAUAAAUAUAUGAGAGAUCAGGUUGUUGUUUUUGAGGCACUUGGAAAGGCCUGUCACGCAGGUGGGCAUGGCACCGAAGCAAGCGACAGCGAAACUUUGGAAGACGAGCGAGAUUGGACACUCCACACAAAGACCGCACAAUGGGUGUGCCGGCAGAUUUUGAACGUGUAG